UUUAUUUGAGAGAGAGAAUGAGAGAGAGCAAGCACAUGAGAGGGGGGAGGGUCAGAGGGAGAAGCAGACUCCCUGCCGAGCAGGGAGCCCGAUGCGGGACUCGAUCCAGGGACCCCAGGAUCAUGACCUGAGCCGAAGGCAGUCGCUUAACCAACUGAGCCACCCAGGCGCCCUAGAAUUUCUCUCUUCUUAGUGUCUAAACCUUUUCUUUCUUUUUCUUGCUUCUGUGCAAUGGCUAGAACCUCCAGAACAUUGUUGAAUAAUAGGGGCGAGAGCAGGCAUUCCGGGGGUUUCCACCAGUUCGGCCAUCUGGAGUUCUCCCUGGAGGAAGAGGUCCCAGGACCCAGCAGGCCCCAUAAGACUAGGUCACGGCUCAGGAAUCUGAACCCUUCGCCGCAGCACAGCUUGGGGGAGCCCAGUUGUCCAGCUUUGGGCCGUCCUAAAUCCGGGCCAGCUACCAGGUUUGGUGCGGGACACCGAUCCGAAGGGGGACCUCGGGUGGGGCCCCGGGUCCCUUUCCGGAGAGGCCCGGAGGCGCGGCGGGGCUCCUGCACUGCGGGCAGCACCCCCCGUCCGCACCAGCUUUUGCUCCCAACGCUUCAGGGCGCAUCAGCCCCCUCGGAGGCUGGGCCGGCCGGCCGGGCGGGAUCGCUGGCGCCCGGCCGCCGCCUCGGGGAGCUGAGCUCAGCGCCGGGCUGGAAUUCCGGGUGUGGCCGCCCUCUGGCGCCGGGUGGCCCCGGGCUUCCCAGCGCCUUGGAGGCAGGCGCCCCAAACGGACCGGUGCCUCGCGGGCUGCGGCAGACGCGCGCCGGGGCUGGAGGAGCGGCAGAUCUCAGCUGAGUGGGCAACUCCGUUCUUGAAGAAGAGAACUUUGACUCGCCCCAGUGAGAGCUGAGAGGGACUGCGGGCUGGUAUUUGCAGGCCUCAGGUUCCAGCUCCUUACCUGCCCAGGACCUUGUGGCCUGUUUGCGACCACUGCAGCGCCCUGCCUUGGCCCUGCUUCUUGGCCACCCUCUCUUCCCGUCAGCUUCUGGGCCCACUCUUUUGGGGCAACCAACAGAUGCGUGGAAAGACGGCUUCUCUGAAGAGCCCCGUGUCCUGCUCAGAGAAACUAGCCAGGGUUCAGGCACCCCUGGACUCCAGGCCAACCUGGCCAGGGCGAAGCUUUGCGUUCCAGCACCACCCCCUCUGCCUCAGCCUUGGUAGCCUCCCUCAGGUCAGUCUGCACUGGCCAGAAGGCUUGAAGGGUGGAGACAUAAAGAAGUGUGGCCGAGAAGGGACGCUGCUGAGUAAAUACAACCAACAAUACCACAAGCUGUUUAAGGACAUUCCCUUGGAGGAGGUAGUUCUCAAAGUGUGUUCCUGCGCCCUCCAGAGAGACCUCCUUCUCCAGGGCCGGCUCUACAUCUCCCCCAACUGGCUCUGCUUCCAUGCCAGCCUCUUUGGCAAGGAUAUAAAGGUGGUCAUUCCCGUGGUGUCUGUCCAAAUGAUCAAAAAACACAAGAUGGCGCGGCUUCUUCCCAAUGGCCUGGCCAUCACCACCAACACCAGCCAGAAGUACGUCUUUGUGUCACUGCUUUCCCGGGACAGUGUAUAUGACAUGCUGAGGAGGGUCUGCACACACCUCCAGCCUUCCAGCAAGAAGAGCCUGAGUGUAAGAGAAUUUCCAGAGGAACCUGAGUGCGAAUCCCUGGAAUUCCUCAUCCCUGAGAUGAAGUGGAGAAAAGUGUGCCCUGCCUCCAGGUCCUUAUCCCUCCCAGACAACAUCCCUUGUAUACCUCGGGCAUCCAUGGACUCCACGGACAACUGCUUUCCCUCCAGGAAGCCUCCCGGGUCUGAGAAGGCCGUCUGUGAGGAGGAGAAGCUGGAGGAAGAGCCCAGGAGCGACGGGGAGCUGAGGCUCUGGGAUUACCAGCUCCUCAAGGUCAUCUUUGUGCUGAUCUGCUUCUUGGUCAUGUCCUCAUCCUAUCUGGCGUUCCGCAUCUCCCGGCUAGAACAGCAGUUAUGCUCCCUGAAUUGGGAUGGCCCAGUCCCUGGGCACAGGUAACAACCACCUUGGCUUCUCCAAGAAGAAUGCUCUGGGUGCUAAGCUUCCACCAGUGACCCCCGUGGUUUAUGCUGUUGCUGUGCUGAGACUGAAUAUGAAGGAAAAUACUCCAGAUCCUUCCUCCUCCCCUCAACUCUUAUCCCUGCUGUUGACAAAGCUCCUACAAUUUGGGGACUCAGACACGAAGCCAGAUUCUUGGAACCAGCCGAGAAAUUCUGUAUACUAAGCUUCAGCAAGCACUUGGAAAAAGAAAGUUAGCUUGUUCCUUGGAAACGGUCUGGCACAGAGGCAGAGCACUAGGAACCAACCAAGGGACAAAGGCCACGAUUUGGUACCUGGAAUGCAGCUCUCCACGGCCACGCGGCUCGCGGCAGUAGUGGGACAGAGGCCCGGACGAAAACCACCAGUGGGCCUCUGCUCUCUCCCAACAUACUGUGCUCUCACUGGGGCCCCCGAGAGUCCCUGUCCUGGGGGCACCUGUCAGGCCCAGGGCAGACAGGGGAAGUGGGGUGGGGGGGAGCUAGGAACGACGAGAGGAGGGUGUGUAGCUAGGAUUCCAGCCAGAGGGGAAGGUUCAUGCCCCUCACGAGGAGGCUGGCUAAGGUUCAUGCCCCCCACGAGGAGGCUGGCUGAAUCCGGAGGACAAUACUUGUAGCAGAGGACGUGGCAGGGGCUGCGAAGGAGGGCCGAGGUCCAGUGUUCUGUGUCCUUAGCUGCCACUUCCUGGUGAGACAGGUGGAACAGGGCCUGUGAUCACUGUGGUCACAGACCUGGUACUGCACCUUCCCCGGGUGUGCUCAAACAGUUCUGAGGUGCCCCAGGCGGGAAGUAGAGGAUGGGGGGGGCGGGGAAGGUCGGUGGCUUCGAUUUGAGCUGGCUUUGUACUCCCUGCCUGACUGCCUGAGAGGCCAUGACCAAUAGCAGCCUGUUGGGGAGGCGUGGCUGGGCAACUGGGCAGCUGGGCAUGAGGGUGUUGGGCCACCGCAGGGCAGAGCUCACUCGUGUCACUUGGAAUCAGUGAGUUGCAGGCCAUGGGGGAGGGUCCUCCACUCCAUGAAUAAGGUGGGGGUGUCCAAGGUGGGCCUGGUACAGUGCAGGGACCAGGUCAAGGGGUUUUGUCUGAUACCUCUGGGGACAAGAGAGGUGGGGGAUGGGAAGAGUGGACACAGUGGUAGCUUUGCCUUAGACAGUUCUCCAUCUCUCCAAGGGCCUAUCUAUUCUAAACAGCUCCUCUGUGCCUCAGAACUCUGCCUGCUCUCCCUGGGACUCCAAUAUGCCAAGACAGUGCCUUUGGGGGUUCUAGAAGGGCCUUCGUGAGGAGGUCAGAUGUAUCAGGCAGAGUCACUGGUGAUGGGGUGAGCGUGUCAGAAACAGUCACUGCUUUUCCUUCUUCAAACACCUGAGAGGUUAAUCAGGGAGAAAUCCAAGUGGAAAUUAGUUAUUGUGGAGCCAUGAUUGUCCUGUUUAAGACAAACCCAAAUGAGGAUGUGGGGGACGGAUCUGUAGGUGAGAAGUCCCUAAGCUCAGACGAGCGGUCUCCUUAUCCUCCCCCCGCUGCAGGUUCUAGGAUUAAGCUUGGAGCCUGCCUGGGGGGUUGCUGGUACCACCUCUGGGGGUGGCAGGUGAACUCAUAUUCCGUUCUCCCCACAGCACCACACUGGAUAAAAACCCAUCCUUCUUUUGGACCCAGCCCCCUUCGUCACUCCUUUAUAUCACGUUUUCAGGGAAACAGUCCCACUUGCCCCAGUGUCUCCCCGCCUUGGUCCUUGCUGAAGGGCAGGGAGAAUAGGUCCAUUCUCUGAGUCCUGCUGGGUUGAGCCAGAGGCUCAUGGGAGGCCACCAGAGGUGCCAAGCCAUGGGUGGCUAUGCCAACACGCUGGCGAAUCUGGUCUCCAGCCCUGCGCCGGGCUCAGAAAAGGCAAGAGGCUCUAGGGGAGGUGGCUCUGGAGGUCCUCUUGGCUAUGAGUGUGCCUGUCACUCUGGAGGGCCCCCUGUCCAUUUCUCCCUUUUGUUCCUCAGCCUGGUCCUGUGGGGCCACUGUCCUUUCCCUUGUGCUCAUUUGUAAACUAUGUGUAUUUAUACAGACCUGCUUGCACUGGCUGAGUCCCUUUGAGUCCCUGAGAGAUUGGUUCAACCAUCCUUGGGUUGUUCUGGCACGGCAGUAGCCUUUGAAAAUAUUUUAAAAUAUAAACAUUCAAUUUUUUCUAGUGUCCUGUGGUAUGGAAAGUUCAUUUCUAUCUUUUGACGACUCACAAAAGGUCCUCGUGUUAACAUAUUUGGCACUAAGGAGACUGACGGGGCCCAAGCCAUCCCCAGAAUCUCGAGUACUCUGCAAACCUCACAGGGCUGUAGCCGAGCCGCCUCAUACUUCAGGCAUGCUGGGAAGGCGAAGAGCAGCCAUAGGAAACCGCCGCAGCCUCCUGCCUCUGCUGGGGGGACACCGAGAAGGCUUCCCCAUUUCUCUGGGGCACCUCCAAAGCAACGUCCCAGGUUCAAAUGGUACUGUGCUUCUGACUCAGGAAUUCAAGUCCGGAACUCCGAGCCGGAAAAUCUCUGUGUCCUUUUCUAUGACAUCGAGCCUAGAUUAGGGAGGUGAAGUUCCCACUUGCGUCACGUUACCUUUCUUUUUCCCUAGGAUGCCCCUUCUAGUAGUGACUCAUUCAUUCAGCAAAUCCUGAGCCCAGAGCACGAGCCAGGUACUCUGCGGGGCACUGGAGAUACAGCAGUGAACACGACAGGCAGUAUCUCUGGGUCCCCAUGGCACUUACACACCAUGUAAACAUAAGUUCCAAGUAAAUAUGUAAGCAAGCAAGGUAAGUGCAGAUUGUGAUUAGAUUCCAUGAAGGGGGGAAACGGUGAUAUGAGAGUAAAUGGGGAGUUGGCUGUAGAUGGGUGGUCAGUCAGGAAAGGUUCUCUGAAGUGACUUUUAGAUUGACGUUAAAGGAUGAGGAACCAGCCACGGGAGGAGCAUUUCGUGGCAAAUGGAUCAGUAACUGCAAAACGUAGGAGAGAACGUAUAUGUCUCUUCUGCACAGAGAGACUCUGCAUGACGCUAGGAUAUUGAUGAGGUGGAAGAGUGACGUGGAAAGAGGUUGGAGAGGUCAACACCAACAACAUAGGCAACCAGUUAAAAAAUGGGUAAGGAACUUGAAUGGACAUUUCUCUGAAGAAGAGAUAUAAAUGGCCGACAGGCACAUGAAAAAAUGCUCAACAUCACUAGUCAUUAGGGAAAUCAGAACCACAAUCAGGCACCACUUCACGCACAUUAGGACGGCUACUCUCAAACAGAAAACAAGUGUUGGUGAGGAUGUGGGGAAACUGGAGCCCUUAUGCACUGCAGGUGGGAAUGUAAAAUGGUGUCGCCACCGCUGUGCAAAAUAGUACGGCAGUUUUUCAAAAAAUUAAAGGCAAUUACCAUAUGAUCCAGUAAUACCACUCCUGGCUGUAUACCCAAAAGAACUGAAAGCAGGGUUUGAAGAGUUAUCUAUCUGCACACCCACGUUCAGAGCAGCAUUACUCAUAAUAGCCGAAAGGUGGAAGCAACCCAGGUCAGGUGUCUAUUAGCCAAUGAAUGGAUAAACAAAAUGUGGUAUAUGCAUACAAUGGAAUGUUACUCAUCCUUAAAAAGGAGGAAAAUUCUGACACAUGCUAUAACAUGGAUGAACUUUGAGGACAUUCUGUCAAGUGAAAUAAGCCAGCCACAAAAAAACAAACAUUGGGGCACCUGGGUGGCUCAGUCAGCUGAGCCACUGUCUCUUGAUUUCAACUCAGGUCAUGAUUGCAGGGUCUUGGGAUCGAACCCCUGCAUUGGGCUCUGUGCUCAGCGGGGAGUCUGCUUCUCCCUCUCCCUCUGCUCCUCCCCCUGCUCACACUCUCUCU